AUGGAAAAGCUCGAAAUGCGCAGCGACAUAGCUAGCGGUAAAGAUCGUAAAAUGCGCAAGAAACUGUUCCGUGUAAUCCAGAAUGGUCAAUUUGACCACGUCGACGACUACGAGAAAUUGGACGGAUCUUUCAGCUUUCAGCUAGCGAAUGGGAACUACUUACCUGCCGAACUCCAAGAGACAUGGAAGAAAGAUCGAGCCAAGAAAGCUGAACUCAGACUAGCUCGCGAACAGGCUCGCCUUGCCGAUGCCGUAGAUCCGAUUUUCCCAAAGAAAGGCGGGAAUAAGGGGCGCAAGGCAAUGCGGGCAGCUGCCCAAAUGGAUCCAAGCGAGCUCACUGACAUUCGGAAUGCUGUCGUCGAUAUGGUGUCACUGGAGAAGCAGAUUUGCCGCUUCAUCGGUGAUAACAACAUGGUACUUCCUCCGAUGAACAAGGCGUCAUUGAGGAAGGAAGUUCACGAGCUUGCUAAUCCGUUUAACCUCAAGAGUCAGAGUAAAGGUAAGGAGCUGUCCACGAAGACCCGUGCUGUUGAUGAACAUAAAGUCAAGAAAGUCAUGAAGAGACACGGAGGCAGAUUUGAUAAUAAUACUAAUACUGUGCCUCGACACAAAGAUGGAGAUGAAGUUGGCAAGGCUGCUCCAAAGAUCGGAGAAACGAAUGUUGGGUUCAGGAUGCUUGCUUCGAUGGGGUGGGCAGAAGGAGACAGGAUUGGUGGCAAUGCGUCCAUUGGGAUUGAUGUGCCUUUGACAGCCAUAAUCGAGAACACGAAGCUGGGUCUGGGCGCGACUCGAUAGUCACAUCUUCAGAGCGGAAUCUAAUACCCUCCAUGACCCCAUAUUGACCUGGGCCCUGAUGAAGCACAGC